UGGUCUUCACCUAAGGAAGACAUUAGAAGAUUCUCUUCUCCGGCAGGGACAUUCCAGGAUUAACAGUGAACCCAAGCAUCUUGCUGUGGUGGUUCAGGAGGGGCGGCAGAAAAACUUUGGAACCAUUGGAAUCAGAAACGGUGAACACAAGCUUCCUGCUGUGGUGGUGCCAGAGGGGUGGCAGAGGAACUAUGGGUUUGUGAAUAAAGGGAAGGAGAAAUUUACGGAAUUUCAAAAUUUGAAAAUCCCAAUUUCCAGUGGUAAUCUUUGUGAUCUCAGCAAUGAUCUUCUUGGAAAAGAAACUGCUGGGUUUGGGACAGAAGUCACGUCUAUAAUUAAUGGCAUCGUUACCAAUGGUAUUAAAGGUAAGCUGACUUUGGAUAUUUGCCUCCGUGUGGAACGUGGGUCUGAGGGGAAGUGGGAUAUUAUUUUUUCAGAGGUCAAGGAAGUGGGCUUAAAGCCCAAUGGCCAGCAAGCUCCUACUAAAGUGCCAGCCCCUACUAGAGAGAACAGGCCCAUAUUUAAACCUGCUUGGAAGCCCUGUGGCAGCUUCUUGGGCCAUAUUGGGUUUGUUCAAAAGCCCAAAGCCCAGCAGCCAGCCUCUUAUUUUCAAGAAAAUCACAUGAGUAGUCCUUCAGAUGUGCUUUCAUCUGUGCCGUGUGACAUCAUCUCACUCCCAAGUUGACCCCAAGUCUCUUAUCCUUGCUGAAGUGGUGCCGAUGAACAUGGUGGUGACUUCUUCAGAUGCCGAUGUUGUUACAUGCUCUGAUAUUGGCAAAUCUGAGUCUGCAAUCCAAAACCCAAAGGUUAGUUUUGUUUUUUUGAAACCACAAGUGCUUAAUCCUGCUCCCACCCCUCUUUCGGAACCAGUUCUGAUCAGCGAGGUGCGUAAUUUUGAGAAAUCUGAAAACCCACAUGCUGAUUUAGUCUCCACUCCACAAAUAUCCUCUUGCUCCGUUAUGGUGGCUUCGGAGUCUAAUUUCGCUGUCGAUAGUGGGCUAGUACAGCAACAGUUCAAGCAUCUUUUACUUGAUAAUGCUGUGGACUCGAAUUUUUCAAGGGGCUUCUCAGACAAGUGGGGAUUAGAACUUGGUAAUGGGAAGAGGGUGGUGGUGCCGAUGGGGAUCGAGAGACAGCCUUUAGGCUUUUUUAAGGGCUCUGUUUUGUACGAGCUUGUGGCCAUGGAUUAUUCAGGAAAUUCUUCGAGGCCUUUAACGGUACAAUCUGAGGGGGAUGGGGUGAUGGUGGAGGAUGUAGACUCGGAGAGUUGGUCAGAUGGUGGUGAGAUGGUUGAAUUUGAUCGACGAGGUUCGGAUUUUUCAGAACCUUUAUAUGUGACUCCGUUAGCUAUGUCGAAAUCUAAUGAGACCCAAGAAGUCAAUAACAUAUUUGGUUGUUUGGAAGAUGGUCAGAAAAGUAUUCAUUCUAGUUUGUCACCAGGGUUUCAGAGCAAGUUUCAGGAGUUUGGCUCUUUUUUGGAGACUCUAGUUGAAGGUUUGGAAGAACUUGCAUCUAAUUUUCUCUUAGCUGUUGAGGAGAAAAUUAGACAAAGGGCUGCAGCGAAUGCAUUGAGUAAAAAAACAAAGGGUGAAGGUAAGGGUUUAAGGGAGUUGAGGAGCUUGGUGAGUUCUAUUAAUUAUGAUCUUGCAUCUGGUAAAGCUAGAGGUUCCAAUAGGAAAAGUGCUCUGAUUGUGUCCCAAUGAAUUUGAAGAUAAUCUCUUGGAAUGUGGGGGGGCUGAAUGAUAAGGAUAAAAGACUCCAAAUUAGGAACCUUAUUAGAAUUUGGAGGGUUGAUGUCAUUUGCUUGCAAGAGACUAAGAUGAAGCUUAUCAGUAGGGGUUUUAUUAAAAGUAUUUGGGGUUGUCAUCAUGUUGAUUGGGUUUACUUGAGCUCAGUAGGCGCAUCAGGUGGGAUUUUGGUCAUGUGGGAUAGGAGGGUGGUGGAGAAGUUGGAAGAAGCUGUGGGUGACUUUUCGGUGUCUUGUAGAUUUAGGAAUGUGGGAGAUAAUUUUGAAUGGGCUUUCUCUGGAGUGUAUGGUCCUAAUGUUGAUAGGGAGAAGAGGCUGAUGUGGGAGGAGUUAGCGGGUCUUUUUAAUUGGUGGAAUUUGCCUUGGUGUGUGGGUGGUGACUUCAAUGCAAUUCGUUUUCCUUCCGAACGUUUGGGGGCAGAGAACUUCACUCAGGAUAUGUAUAAUUUUUUUGAUUUCAUCUCUUGUAAUGGGUUAUUGGAUAUCCCUUUGGAGGGUGGUAGUUUCUCUUGGUCAAACUCUCUGUCUGGUUCUAGGAUAGAUCGCUUCCUCUUUUCUUCAGAAUGGGAGGAGCAUUAUCCAAAUAUCCAUCAAAAAAGGUUGGGUAGAGUUCUAUCAGACCACUUUCCCAUUUCUUUGGAGGGCGGGGAUAUUCGUAAGGGUCGUAGGCCUUUUCGUUUUGAAAACAUGUGGCUUCAAGUGGAUGACUUUGUGGAGAAGGUGAAAAAUUGGUGGGACUCGUAUCAUUUUCUUGGAACUCCUAGUUACAAGUUUGCCAUGAAAUUGAAAGCUUUAAAGGGGGACUUAAAAAAGUGGAAUGAAACCGAGUUUGGCAAUGUCUCCGUUAAGAGAAUUAAUCUAUGGAAUGAUUUGAAUGCCCUGGAUGCUAAAGAGGAGAGGGUAUCUCUUUCUGAUGAUGAGAAGCGCGAUAAAGAGAGAAUUCGCUUGGAGAUUGAGAGGAUGGUGUUGUUGGAGGAGAUUAGUUGGAGACAAAAAUCAAGGGUGCUAUGGUUAAAGGAGGGGGACUACAAUAUGAAAUUCUUUCACCAAAUAGCUAAUUCUAAUAGGAGUAACAGUAUUGGCAGUUUAAUCUUUGGUGGAGUGUUGACAUCAGAUCAGAAAGUUAUUGAAGAGGGUACUGUUCGGUUCUAUAAAAGUCUUUACUCGGAAGAUAAGCACAUUCGUCCUUCAUCCAGAUGUGCUGAAUUUUUCGAAGAUUUCUGAGGAUAAGGCUGGCUGGUUGGAAAGACCUUUUGAGGAAGCUGAGAUUUUUGGAGUGGUCAUGGAUUUUGAUGGUGAUAAAGCUCCUGGACCUGAUGGAUUCCCUAUGGCGUUUUUUCAGGCUUGUUGGGCCAUUAUCAAAACUGAUAUUUUGGAGGUUUUUCAGUAUUUUUUUGAUAAUGCUCAGUUUGAGAAAAGCUUGAAUGCUACUUUCAUCUCUUUAAUUCCUAAAAAAGUUGAUGCAGUGGAGGUAAGGGAUUUUCGGCCUAUU